AUGAAAAUUUUUAUAUUUUUAUUCACAAUCCUUUGGAUCAAUUCAGCUAUUAAAGCUCAAUCAGCUGUCUGUGACUAUGACAUACAAUACUUUUGGACCAAUGGCUUUAUAAACUCUAACAAAAGCUAUUAUUCCUGCUAUUUGAAGACUAUUAAUGCAAGUUCUAUUGACAAAAUUAACGGACAACAUGUCGCUAGCCAUUCUGACGAUGACGUCACCUACUUUUUCAUCGAAAAAGGCAACAGCAUCAAAACAUUUUCAUCAAUUUUCUGUCAAAAGUUCAAGAAUCUUGAAGUUAUUAGGACAUCUGAUGCUGACAUUCACUCAAUUGAUGGAAAUACUCUAGAAAAUUGUAAGAAUUUAGACAUUCUCGACUUAGCUGGAACUAAAAUUCGUUAUUUACCAAAAGACUUGUUAAUCAAGAACACCAAACUAUCUCAAAUUUGGUUCCGCGACAGUCCAUUAGCGACCUUACCUGAAAACUUAUUAAUCAGUCAAUUUAACCUCAAAAUAUUGCACCUUAAAGGAAAUCAAAUCAACUUCCUGCCAGCCAAGAUUUUCCAUCCACUGAUUCAACUCGAAGCUUUAUACUUACAACACAACAAGCUGCAAUCAAUAAAUCCUGAAUGGUUUAAAAGCUUACAAGCUUUAAAGUGGUUGUUUUUGAACGACAAUCAAAUUGCUGCAAUUCCUGCUAAAUCCUUUGAAUCAUUGCCAGCACUAACUGAGCUGUACCUCUACAAAAACAAAAUCAAGUCCUUAACCUCAAAUUCCUUCGAUGGUCUACAUAACCUUAAAAUUCUGAACCUUUAUGGCAACGAGAUCACAGAACUUCCACGCAAUGUAUUUAGUCGCUUAUCAAACUUGCAGGAAUUAAGCUUGUUUAACAAUAAAUUGACAGUGGUUCAUGCAGCAUCUUUUGGUAUCCAUAACAACUUAGUUGAUAUCUACUUAGGAAGCAAUAGAAUUAACCAAAUUGAGAAAAGUCUCAUUGACAAGAUAGCAGUUAACUUUAUCAAUAUGGAGGGCAACAUUUGCAGCCGAGAUAAACUCAAAGGAAUCGAUAACAUCAAAGCUGGACUAAAGACAUGUUUUGAGAACCAUGACAAUAAAAUUCAGGAGUUGCUUACGUCACUGGUCAAAGUUGUGCGUGCUUACAUUUGUGGGAAGCCUGUUCAAGGAGUUGGAAAUAUUGUUGGUGGGCAGCAUGUGGCAAGGGGGAAUUUUCCUUGGGUUACAGCUCUAGUCACACCAUCUGGCGAUUACUUCUGUGGAGGAACUCUUGUGUCAAAUCGAAAAGUAGUGACAGUUGCCCAUUGCAUUCAAGACAAACACGAUUCAUCCCCAAAGAUGGCAGGUGACAUAAUCACUCAACUUGGAGUUUAUGACUUGAAAAGAGUUGUCGAAGUUGGAAGGGUGUCGUAUGCUGUUCAAAGAAUCAAUGUUCAUCCUGACUGGAAUACUUUGACUGAACCAUUUGAUGCUGACUUGGCUGUUCUGGUGCUGGAUCGAGAAGUCACGUUCAAUGAAUUUAUUCAUCCGAUUUGUCUAGCUGGCGUUCAUGUUGCAACUGUAGCAACAGGUGUUGUUGUUGGAUAUGGAAAGAGUGAGGAUGAGACAAAGAUCCAUGAAAAUAUCCCAAAAAUCAUUGCCACUCCAAUUCACACAAAUGAGCACUGUUUCUUAAAAAAUUCAAAUUUGGUAAAAAUAUCAAGUGAAAGAACAUUUUGUGGCGGUUCUGGCACAGGUGUUGGAGUUUGCAGAGGUGACAGUGGAAGUGGAUUAUUUGUGACUGAUGGCAGUGCUUAUUAUCUUCGUGGAAUUGUUUCAUCAUCGAUUAUUGGUGGUCGUUAUGGAUGUGAUGUUGAUUCUUAUUCAGUAUUUACUGAUGUGGCUAAGUAUGUCGAUUGGAUCAAUGGAGUGUCAACAGAUCGAUUUGAUUAG